CGCGGCAAGAAAAAGGAAAAGAAAAAGUACCUCCUGCCAUUGUUGUUGCUCUUCAAACUGAAAAUGGCUGCACUCCUGCCACUUGCCAUCGGCUUCUUGGCAUUGAUCUCCUUCAAAGCGCUCGUUAUUGGCAAGAUUGCAUUACUACUGAGUGGUAUUAUUGGACUGAAAAAAUUGCUCGAAUCGAAGAAGGAGAACUACGAAGUCGUAGCACAUCCGCAUUACUCGCACGAGGAGCACGGCUAUGGACGUUCGCUGCACGAAGCGCAAAAAUUGGCCUACUCAGCGUAUCAAGAAUAGGAAAGCAAGGUUGGGAAAGCUAAAAAACGUAGAAGUUGAAUGUGGCUAAAAGGGAGUGCAAUAUGUAUAUCCUGAAAAAAAAAGAAAAACAAAAAACUUAACUUAAUUUUCUAAUUUAUUUAUUUAUUUUACUAUUUACAAUAAUUAAUUUAAAAUUUAGAACAUUUCUACGUUAAAGAAAAAAACAUGGCAGAGCGGGAGAGUAUAUAUUUGAGAGAAGAAAAAUGACAUACAUAUGUAUAAGUACGUAAAUGCAUAUAUGCGGCACAAAAUUGUCACAAUACUGUUUUGAAAAAAAAAAAAUUAUUUAUUUAGUUACUCAAUAUUUUGCGUCACUUUCUAGCGCUGUUUUGAGCCAGAGCUCAGCAGAGUUGCCAAACAAAUUUAAAUGCAUGCCAUUUCUUUUUUAUUCAGCUCGCUCGCCUGCCUGCCUAACAACUCUCCUACUAAGUACUUAGACAUAAGUAUAGGCAGACUAUGAGCAUGCUUAGUUACAUACUUUUUACUAUGUACUAUACUAUUUCUGCGCUUAACUAGUUUAUGUAUUGUAUUAUUACUCUUUUCAACUUGUUGUCACCGCUUAUUGUGUUCUUUAUUAGAGUAAGUAUGUGUAUAUGUACAAACUUUCGUAAUACAUACUUAACUUUGUGCUUUAAUGCUUUAUGUAAUGAAGUCUCACCUAAUUUAUUUUAAACUCGCAAACAGACUGGCUUUAUGAUACUACCUAGCUGAAAAUUAAACGCAACUCGAAUGGAUGAACUUUACUUAAUUUAACUAGAAACUUUACUGAAUCUAUAACUAGUGCAAGCUUUUGAACUUUCAGCACCUAACAACAAUUCACCAAUUUCAGGAAAAAGGAAGCAACUCUUGCUUACUUACAUCUCUAAAUUUGUCUCACAUAUAUACCCAUUUACACAAUAUGUAGUUUUAGAGGAAUAUUCUUCUACCACUUUACUAUAACAAUUUUUUCGCCUAGUAAACACCUUCUAGUAUUUACAUACAC